GGUCCUUUGCCACACAAGGAAAUCAUUUUUACUUAUCAACACAAGUCCGAUGUUUAUUUUGAGAGAAAUCGAAGAAUGCUUGCUGAGGGCAAGAGAUCAUUAAACAUGGAUGAGAAAGAGGUGAGCUCCUUUAGUAACAAGGAGAAAGACAGAGAGGGUGAUAGACGGCCCGCCUCCUCCCGGGAUAAAGUGAAGGAUGAGGCAAAGAUGAUUGGCAAGAAAGAUAUCGGUAAGGCCGCAGAGGAAAAGAGGAGAAGACUUGAGGAGGACAAAAGAAAGAAGGAAGAAAAGGAGCGGAAACGGAAAGAGGAGGAGAAACUGAAAGCAGAGGAGGAGCAGAGGAAGAAGGAGGAAGAGGAGAAGAAGCAGCAGGAGGAGCAGGAGAGGAAAGUUCAGGAGGAGGAGGCCAAGAGACAGCGUGAAGAGGAGGCAGCUCAACUCAAGGAGAAGGAAGAGGGUCACCAGCUCCACCAGGAGGCCUGGGAGCGCCACCAGUGCCGGAAGGAGCUGCGCAUCCGCAACCAGAACGCCCACGAGGGCCGUCCCGAGGAAACCUUCUUUAGCCGCCUUGACUCCAGCUUGAAGAAGAAUACGGCCUUCGUCAAGAAGCUGCGCACGCUCACUGAGCAGCAGCGUGAAGCCCUCUCCAAUGACUUCGGCUCGCUCAACCUCAGCAAGUACAUCGGCGAGGCGGUGGGCUCGGUGGUGGAGGCCAAGCUGAAGAUCUCUGAUGUGGGCUGCGCCGUGCACCUAUGCUCCCUCUUUCACCAGCGCUACGCUGAAUUCGCCCCAUUGCUCCUCCAAGCCUGGAAGAGGCACUUUGAGGCGCGCAAGGAGGAGAAGGCGCCCAACGUGAGCAAGCUGCGCACCGACCUGCGCUUCAUCGCAGAGCUUACCAUCGUGGGCCUGUUUACGGACAAGGAGGGCCUUUCGCUCAUCUACGAGCAGCUGAAGAGCAUCAUCGGGACAGACCGUGAGACACACACGCAUGUGUCGGUGGUCAUCAGCUUCUGUAAGCACUGCGGGGACGACAUCGCGGGCCUGGUGCCUCGCAAAGUGAAGGCUGCACGGGAGAAGUUUGGUCUGGCCUUCCCUCCCAGUGAGAUCAUCAACACGGAGAAGCAGCAGCCCUUCCAGAACCUUCUGAGGGAGUACUUCACCUCGCUCACCAAGCACCUGAAGAAGGACCACCGCGAGUUGCAGAACAUCGAGAGGCAGAACAGGCGUAUCCUCCACUCCAAAGGGGAGCUGAGUGAGGACAGACACAAGCAGUAUGAGGAGUUUGCUACAUCCUACCAGAAGUUGCUGGCUAACACCCAGUCUCUGGCUGACUUUCUGGAUGAGAACAUGCCAGAACUUCCACUGGACAAGACUGUGCAGGAAGAGCACGGCCCUGGCAUUGACAUCUUCACCCCUGGGAAGCCCGGGGAGUAUGACCUGGAGGGAGGCAUCUGGGAGGACGAGGAUGCCAGGAACUUCUAUGAGAACAUGGUGGACCUGAAGGCCUUCGUCCCCGCCAUCCUGUUCAAAGAUAACGAGAAGGGCAAGGACAAAGAAGAGGCUGCUGGUAAAGAGGCUAAAGAUGCUGCGGCCACCACAGAGGAGUUGGAGUUGGAGCUCGAGGCUCUAGACAUCGCUGAUGACCCUCUGGAGCUGGAUGGACCUGACGAGGCAGAGAACGAGGCAGAGCUUGCCAAAAAACUAUUGGACGAGCAAGGUAAAGAUGAAGAACAAGAGGAUGAGGAGGCAAGCACCGGGUCCCACCUGAAGCUCAUCGUGGACGCUUUCAUCCAGCAGCUUCCCAACUGCGUCAACAGAGACCUCAUAGACAAGGCUGCCAUGGAUUUCUGCAUGAACAUGAACACCAAGUCAAACAGGAGGAAGCUGGUCCGGGCUCUCUUCACCGUUCCCAGACAAAGGUUGGAUCUGCUGCCCUUUUACUCCCGUCUGGUGGCCACCCUUCACCCCUGCAUGUCAGAUGUGGCCGAUGACCUGUGCUCCAUACUCAAAGGAGACUUCAGGUUCCAUAUCCGGAAGAAGGACCAGAUCAACAUCGAAACCAAAAAUAAAACUGUACGGUUUAUCGGGGAGCUGGCGAAGUUCAAGCUGUUCUCUAAAACGGACACUCUGCAUUGUCUGAAGAUGCUGCUGUCAGACUUCUCCCACCACCACAUAGAGAUGGCCUGCACUCUGCUGGAGACCAGUGGACGCUUCCUCUUCCGAUCCCCCGACUCCCACCUCCGGACCAGCGUCCUUCUGGAGCAAAUGAUGCGUAAGAAGCAGGCGCAGCACCUGGAUGCUCGCUACGUGACCAUGGUGGAGAAUGCCUACUACUACUGCAACCCUCCGCCCAUGGAGAAGACUGUCAGGAAGAAGAGGCCCCCGCUGCAGGAGUAUAUCCGCAGACUGCUCUACAAGGACCUCUCCAAGGUCACCACGGAGAAGGUGUUGAGGCAGAUGCGUAAACUCCCCUGGCAGGACCCAGAGUCUAAAGGCUACCUGAUCUGUUGCAUGGUCAACAUCUGGAACAUCAAGUACAACAGCAUUCACUGUGUGGCCAACCUGCUGGCCGGCCUUGUGGCCUACCAGGAGGACGUGGGCAUCCACGUGGUGGAUGGGGUCCUGGAGGACAUCCGCCUGGGAAUGGAGGUGAACCAGCCCAAGUUCAACCAGCGUCGGAUCAGCAGUGCCAAGUUUCUGGGGGAGCUCUACAACUACCGCAUGGUGGAGUCAGCGGUCAUCUUCCGCACCCUCUUCUCCUUCAUCUCGUUCGGCGUGAACCCGGACGGCAGCCCCAGCCCCCUGGACCCCCCCGAGCACCUGUUCCGCAUCCGCAUGGUCUGCACCCUGCUUGACACCUGCGGACAGUACUUUGACCGCGGCUCCAGCAAGAGGAAGCUGGACUGCUUCCUCAUCUACUUCCAGAGGUAUAUCUGGUGGAAGAAGAGUGUGGAGGUGUGGAGUGCGGAGCACCAGUUCCCCAUCGACAUUGACUACAUGAUCAGUGACACCCUGGAGCUGCUCCGGCCCAAGAUGAAGCUCUGCAUCUCCCUGGAAGACUCCACACGACACGUCACCGAGUUGGAGAGGGAGUUCCUCGUUAAACUGGGACUGGCCAUGGAUGGACAGAAGGACGGCCGGCCCUCCAGUGCCAUGGGGAGUGAAGGCGAGGCUCUAGACGAGGAUGACGAGGAUGACGAUGAAGAGGGAGGGGCGGACACAGAGGAACAGUCUGGCAAUGAGAGCGAGAUGAACGAGCUAGAGGAAGAAGAAGGGUCUGAGAAUGAGGAAGAGGAGCGGGAGGAAGAGGAGGAGGAGAACACUGACUAUCUGACCGACUCCAACAAGGAGAACGAGACGGACGAGGAGAACAAUGAGGUGACCAUCCGUGGUGGCGGUCUGAAGCAUGUGGCAUGUGCUGAGGAUGAGGACUUCAUCCAGGCUCUGGACAAGAUGAUGCUGGAGAACCUGCAGCAGCGGAGCGGGGAGGCGGUGAAGGUGCACCAGUUGGACGUGGCCAUCCCCCUGCAGCUGAAGAGCCAGCUGAAGAAAGGCCCUGGAGGACCCGUCUGCUCUGGAGAGGGAGACGGAGGCAUCUCAGACACCAUGCAGUUUGUCAUGCUCACGCGCAAGGGCAACAAACAGCAGUUUAAGAUCCUGAACGUGCCUUUAUCCUCCCACCUGGCUGCCAACCACUUCAACCAGCAGCAGGCAGAGCAGGAGGAGAGGAUGAGGAUGAAGAAGCUCACUCUGGACAUCAACGAGAGACAGGAGCAAGAAGACUACCAAGAAAUGAUGGCGUCUCUGGCCCAGCGGCCCGCUCCUGCCAACACCAACCGGGAGCGGCGCCCGCGCUACCAACACCCCAAAGGGGCACCCAACGCCGACCUCAUCUUCAAGACCGGAGGAAGACGCUAGACCAUUGCAACCUAUGGAUGGAAGGAGAUGCAGUAAUGAUGGAGAUGCUGAUUGGAGUCUGGCCGAGGGAGCAAGCAAAUGAGAGAGCAAGACAGGGCGAGCGGACCAUCGGUCUCGCCUGAGCAGGGAGUGAGUCCGCCAGCCGCCCACUGACGCAAGCGCAGACCCCCACACCUAACCCCGCCGCCGGAGGAAGAGAAGGAGAAAGGGCAUCAACGAGGGGG